GGGCCGCCGUGGCCCCCGCCCCUCCCAUGCCUGAGGGAGGAGCCGCGGGACUGGGCGCAGCUGCUGAGCGUGGCUAUAGCGUAGCAGGCCUGCAGCAUGGGGAAGAUCGGGCUGCAGCUGAAAGCGACGCUGGAGAAUGUUACCAACCUCAGGCCGGUGGGGGAAGACUUUCGCUGGUACUUGAAGAUGAAAUGUGGGAACUGCAGUGAGAUUUCUGAAAAAUGGCAAUAUCUGCGAUUAAUGGACAGUGCUCCUCUUAAGGGAGGCAGAGGGAGUGCCACUAUGGUGCAGAAAUGCAAGCUGUGUUCCAGAGAGAAUUCCAUUGAUAUUUUAAGAGACACAAUCAAGCCUUAUAAUGCUGAAGACAGUGAGAAGUUUAAGACAAUCGUGGAGUUUGAGUGCCGGGGUCUUGAGCCAGUUGACUUUCAACCACAGGCUGGGUUUGCUGCUGAAGGUGCAGAGUCUGGCACACCUUUUAAUGAAAUAAACUUGCUGGAAAAGAAGGCUUUUCCCCAGACCUACACCUCACCUGCUCCAGGAAAUCAUCAUUCACCAACAGCGAAGUAAAUGCAGCACAUAACGUAACGUCCUGGCUUCUAGCAGCAGCCUGCAUGCAAAUAAAAAGACCUGCUAUGUAUCAAUAGACAUGUGUUUUUUAGAAGUAUAAGGAUGUUUUCUCCCUGGUUCUUGUGAUAGAUUCUAUAUGUAAGAAAUUGCCUCUUGUGUUUACUACUUGCACUAACACUUUUUGAUACAGAAAAGAACUGGUGGGCUCGAUAUUACACAGAAAAACCUGAAAGCAACUAAACUUGUGGUACUAUUAAUUUUAUCAGUGACAGUCUAGCAUCAUGCAUUUAGAAUAUUCUAUUGUCCCACAUUUUGGAACUGUACACACAGCAAUAGACAAAACCCAUCAGUUUCACUUUUUGUGCUAUUUUGAACAGAUGGCAGCUGAGAUAGAAACAACUGGGCUGCGUCUAGACUGGCAAUGUUUACCGCAAAAGCAGCCGCUUUUGUGCAAAAACUUGCCAGCUGUCUACACUGGACGC